AUGGCUUCCGACGGCGGAUAUAUUAUCCCUUCUAAUCAGUCCUCUGAUGGAUCCUCCGAUCGAAGCUCUAAUUCUAGUCCUGGUCCAAAUAUCAAUCUUAAAAAACACAGACGAUGCUUAGCCAAUGUCCGAAGACAUUAUCCCAAGUAUAUUAUUCUUGUCUUGGUUUUCGGAUAUAUCGGUCAAACGGCAUACUUGGUUUGGCUUCGGAAUGGAUUAGCUCGUAUUGCGAAUGAUCCUUAUGAUAAUCUGUUCUAUAACCUCAACCGCAAUAGCCCAGAAAUUUGGGAUGACCAACACCAAGCCUUCCUUCGCAAUGUCGAUCCAGUUCCUGUCCACUCACACAACGACGAAAACCGACACAUCCCUCUUUUUGAAGCCCUCGGUUCUGGCUGCGUUAGCGUAGAGGCCGAUGUUCACCUUGAAGACAAUGACCUACUGGUUGGACAUUCUGGAAAUGGCCUACACAAAGAAAACAAUCUGUCGUCCAUGUAUCUGGACCCAAUCAAACGAAUUUUAGAGAUGCGGAAUCCAGGCAAUGACACCCGUCGAGGAGUCUACAACCGUCAUCCCGAUCAGACACUUAUUCUUUUGAUCGACCAGAAGAAAGGAGGCCAGGCGCCUUUUGAUAAGCUAAAUGAGCUGCUACAGCCCCUACGAGAUUUGGACUUCUUGACCUACUGGAACGGCAACGAGAGGAUCAUGCGGCCGCUGACGGUGGUGGCUUCUGGUAUGGCUCAAUUCCAGUACGUCAUGGGAUUGAACGCAACCCAUAGAGACAUCUUCCUGGACGCACAGCUUUGUUGUCUUAUCGGCAUAGACGAUGAUUACAGCAAACCUACCUACCGCUAUAAUCAGGCUAAUUCGUACUUUGCAUCAACGCGGUUCAGCGAUGCUCGGUUGUAUUCCUGGAACAGUCAUCUCAAAGACAAAUCAGCCGCUGAUUUGGAUAUGUACGGCACUGAUAUUGACCGAGCUAAAGUAAGGGGCUUGUUGACACGAUAUUGGGAUACCCCUUCAGAACCAUCCAACAUCAGAGAUGUUGCCUGGAGGUGGUUGGUAGACUCUGGGGUUGAUAUAUUGAAUAUGGAUGACUUGGGCAUUGUGAGGCAGAGAGCGAAGGGAUGGGGAAGUAUUAGACACUUGGACAACGAUUUAAAGCCUGGAGACAAAGAUUUGAAGUAG